AAGUGAUGAUCAACCCUCAUUCAGUCAUGGAUGUCAUCGGGUCACCGAUAUGGAGGGCGAACUGUCGAUCUCUGAGCCGAUCUCCAGGGUCUUUGUUUGACUGGUUCACUUUCCUCUCUCUCCACGGUUUGCAAGAAUUGUGAAUUGUGGUCAGCUUGACGUCACCGGCUCACGCGCGAUGAUGUCGCCUGUCCCUCCUUUUUGCCUUCAAAACAAUGGCUAUAUAAUGCCCUGAAAGUGACAGGUGGAGUGCACUAGCAAAGCUUGUACCACAAAUCCAGACUUCAACCCCUUCCAAUCGAAACUACACACUACAGUCACGAUGAACACUACCCAGACUCCAUACUAUGACACCAACGCAGCGGCCACCGGUACUGCUACCCAGGCUGGCAUCACCAGCACUGGCGAGGCCAGGACCGGCCCGGCCCCGACCACUGCUGGACCGCAUCGCUCCGACAUGGCCAACAAGGCGGAUCCCCGAGUUGACAGCGAUCUGAACAACCGCGUCCAGUACGCUCCCGGCACGACCACCACAGGCAACGUGCACCCGCAGGCCACUGCCGGGACUGCCACCACUUCCACCUCGGGCACCUCGACGAAGGGACCACACAGCUCAUCGCUGCUGAAUAAGCUAGACCCUCGUGUAAACAGCCGCACGGGCGAGAUGUCUACCAAAUCCACGAACCAAACGGGCUCCGGUGCGAUGCGCGAACCCACCGAUACGACAGGCACCGCGGGCGGAGUGGGUUAUCAGCCAACGGCCUCAUCUUCAAGCCAGGGCACGGGGACAGUCGGCGGUGCCAAUCCCACUACCGGUACUACCACUACCGCUGGCGGUCAAUCGGCGCGCACGGGCGAGAGCGUCGGGCGCGGGGUUAAGUCGGCAGCGGCGGGGAUCCACGGGGCCGGGGAGUCGCUACGCGGUGGAAUCAACGCGGCUGUAGAUUCAGCCUUCGGCCACAAUGAUGGGGUGGUCAAGAACGAAGCCAUUGCAGACAAGGGCGAGCGAGAGAUCCAGACCGGACAGUUUGGGAGCAGGUAUUGAAAUAGAUUGACCUCUCGUGUUUAGGAUUAUACGAUUACGAUGAUACGACUAAUGCUUGUUGCUUGAUUUUAUUGUUGAUAAGCUGAGCGGGGUGGGACCCGGUCAAAUGGCUGCC